UCAGAGCUGUUCCAUCUCAUUCUGAGUUUUAAGGAGAACGCAUCGCAGCAAACAUGCAGAGGAGGUCGACGCAGUGGGUCCGGCUGUCCAUGCGCACCCCAGGGAUCCUGAUCUUCGGGAUGGUUCUGGCUCCCUGCGGGUGGAUCCUGGAUUUGACCGCCACUGUGGCUCCAAAUUGGAGAACUUUCAACCAAGUGGUCGGCAGACCUCAAGAUGUAAUCAUCCAGCAGGGUAUUUGGGACAUCUGCGAGGCUUCCAGCAUUUCUUCAUCAAUCCUGUGCAACCAGCCGGACUCGCUCUACUUCAGCAACCAGGUCAUCCGCCCGGCGCAGGGUCUGAUGGUGGCCUCCCUGAUCGUCACCCUGUGCGGGCUGGCUGUAGCCAUCCCGGGUGUCCGCUGCUGGAAAGACACGCCGAACUGGACCGUGGCUGGGCUAGGCGGGAUUCUGAUUUUCCUCUCGGGCGUCAUGACCAUCAUCCCCAUCGCUUGGUACACAAACAUCAUUAACAGCAUCAACACGGCCACCUCGGGCACAAUCACCGUGGGCUACUGCAUCGUCCUGGGCUACAUCGGCGGGAUACUUGAGAUUCUGGGCGGGUUCGUCAUGUUCAUCGGGAUCUGUCGUUGCUGCGGAGGGAAGAACCGAGGAGAAAGGAGGGUGAGGGAGGUGACCGACUACCCUGGGCAGCAAAAGCCGCCGUCGAGACGCGUCGAUUUACCGAGUCUGGACCGGUCCCGGAGCAACGCCAGCAGCGUUCCUUACUCCAAGAACUCUCUGGAUGACGACGUAUCCUUCCCCAGAGCCAAGACCCCAGAGCGCGGGUCUGUCAACACCUCCUACAACGGCACACCGGGCGACGUGGAUUUAUAAGAGCGCAGCGCACGAUCCAUGCGCCAUUACGCAUACAGACCCACGAGGAACACCAAGAGCGAAGAGAAAACAAGUAAUGCCUUUCAGAGAAGAGACAUAUAGUGGAUUUUUCUAACAUCACAACAUUAAAUGGCAAAAUUUGUGACUGCGGUGAAGGAGUAUAUAACAAACAGAUCAAAUUAAAAACCGUCUAUUAACUCAUCAUGACUCAUGAAAGUGCAUCAGAGUGUUAGAUUGUUAUGUAUUAAAAUAAUUUAUUGAACAGUGUGCAUAAUAUUACUUAUGUGGUUGUGAAAUUUGAAAUCGAUGAAGGGCUUCUUAAUUUUUAAAACAUAUUAUAAUAUCAGGGGCGGCUCUGUGAUUUUUUUGUUGUUGUUGUUGUUGGUGGUGGUGGGGUUGCGUGGGAGAAUGUGUGCUGUAGCAACAGAAUUGUGGUAAAUGUAAAAUUUUGGAAAAAACAAGCAGAACAACCGAAAAUUAAACAAUUAACAACACACAUGGCCAGGAUAGAAGCUGCUGUGCUUUAGGGGGCAGUAUUUUCUUUUACUCUUUAUGAAUGUUUGUCUACCAUUUUACUUUUUCUUUAAUUGUGGUGUCCAACAAUAAAUAUAAGCCAUUUGAAAUCAUGCCAGCACACCAAAUCAAAUGCAAUAACUAAUAAUAAUAAUAAAUACAGCCUGCAUUAUAUGAGUGUUGUGAACUUGCUAAGUUGAACCCAGUGCUGUGCACAAACAAUAUUUUAUGUGUGCUAUAAAAAUGCAGCACUAUAGGCCUAAAUCAGUUGGAGAGUUACAGUAGUAUAAGAAACUCGGCCUGCAAACAGCAAAUGUCAAUUUUCUGGUGCAUUUAUUGAGGGUGGGGGCCCACAGUCCCAUCAAGCUCCACCCUGGAGCCGCCUAUGUAACAACACAGUCAUUAACAAAGAACUCAGAUAUUAUGAGGAAGGAAAUUGUUAUGAAGGAUGUUGAAGUUGACAUUGGUUGUCUUUUAGAUUCUGCACAGUUGUAAAUAAUUCUGUUUUAAGAAGUUUGAGGUUUGUUUUCUGUGAAUAUUCAUGAAGAAGCUUCUAUUUUAUGUAAAUAUGUUGCACUUUAUAUUCAUAACUGACCAUGUAGGACACCUGCGGAAAAGCAUCAUCAUGAGGUGAAGUGGUCAUUGCUCUGUGAUACAUGUGCUGUUAAUUAAAUGUGCACUGUCUUUAUUAA